AUGGCUUCUUCAACACCAUUUGGCAAAUUGCCAGUGAGUGCCGCCGCGGAUAUUCGACCAUACGAGCUACACGUCCCGGAUGCGGAUAUCAAGCACAUGCAGGACUUGCUCAAACUCAGUCCUAUUGCCGGUCCCAUCUACGAGAACUCCCUCCCAAACGGCGACAGCAGCCUGGGUGUCCGACGAGACUGGCUGAUCGAAGCCAAACGUGUCUGGGAAACGGAGUUUGACUGGAGAGCAACUGAAGCCAGGGUCAAUUCGUUUCCAAACUUCCAUGUGUCCAUCGAAGACAAGAUUGGCACCUUCAACAUGCACUUCGCGGCACUAUUCUCGAGCAAACCAGACGCAGUGCCCGUCGUCCUCCUGCACGGGUGGCCCGGGUCGUUCCUCGAGUUUCUGCCCAUGUUCGAACUGUUCAGGGAGAAAUACACACCUGAAACUCUCCCGUAUCACCUCGUCAUCCCGAGUUUGCCUGGCUUCACGCUCUCGGGCAUUCCGCAACUCAGUCACGACAUCAGCCAGAUCGACGUUGGGCGAAUCGUCGACAGUCUAAUGAAACGCAUAGGCUUUGGUACCGGCUACGUCGCACAAGGCGGCGACGUGGGAUCCAGAGUUUCUAGGAUCAUAGCCGUGGAUCACGAGGCGUGUAAAGGUGAAAGUAUAGUCAACUUCUGUGCCAUCGGUCGUCCCGCCUCGGCGACAGACGACUCGAAAUUGUCGCCAAUCGAGCAAGACGGACUCAAGCGCCUCGAGGCCUGGAAAGCCACCGAGACCGCAUACGCGCUCGAACACGGCACGAAGCCCAGCACGAUCGGGUUCGUGCUCGGCAGUAGCCCUAUCGCGCUCUUAUCAUGGAUCGGUGAGAAGUUUCUAGCAUGGGUCGAUGCUCCUCUGCCCUUGAACACCAUUCUCGAGUCGGUCAGUCUGUACUGGCUUACGAGAUCAGCGCAUAGUAGUCUAUGGUCAUAUCGUCACUCUUAUGGCCCGAGACCGCUCCCACACGACGAUCCUCGAUACUACAUCAAGAUCCCCCUGGGGUAUUCUUACUUUGCAAAGGAGCUCAUUCCGAUCCCCAUAGACUGGGUCGCUACUACGGGGAACUUGAUCUGGCGCAGGAUGCACGAGCAAGGCGGUCAUUUCGCCGCGCUGGAGCAACCCAAGGAGUUCAUGGACGAUCUCGAGGCCUUUAUCGCUCAUGUUUGGAAGGCUUAG